AUGACAAAACGUCUACGUCAUUCAUCAUCAUCAUCAUCAUCAUCGGAAAUAUGUCCAUUGGAGGAUAUGGAUGAUAUUGAUUUAUUUUCUUCAUCAAAUCGAAUACCAUGUCGAACAAAACUAUCCGGUCGAUAUCAAUCUGAUAUCUAUACUGGUUUAAUAUCAGAAAAUCGUAUGUAUUCAAAUGGAAAAUUAUUAACACGUCUUGAACAAUUAAUAACAAUAAAUCAUGAUGAUCAAAUACGUUCGUUAUUAUUAAUACUUCGUCAUUAUUCAAUGAAACAUCAAUGGACAAAUAUACUUUAUUAUUUAAAAUAUCUAUUACAAUCAUCAUUUUGUCGUUCAUAUAUACGUCUCUAUUGGCAAUUAAUAUUUCGUUAUUUAAUAGAAAAUUUUCAUACAGAUAAUCAAAUAAAUAAAAAUUUAUUACCACAUAUAUUUGAAAUAUUAUUUCAUUCACCAACAAUAAAUCGUACACAAACAUUUUAUUCAUAUCUUUGUUUAUAUUUAAUGAAUCCACAAACAAUAUAUUUAUAUAAUGAUAUUGAAACACGUUAUAAAAAUCUUUCACCACCAUUUUAUUCAGGUCGAUGUAAACAUGUAACAUAUAUUGAAAAAUUUGAUCCAAAAUUUGAACAAUUAUUAUUGAUAAAUUUACAUUUUUUAUAUGAUUAUAGACAAUGGUUAAAUGAUUAUUCAUUAAUUUCAACAACAAUUAAUCCAUUUAUAAAUAAAAUUAAAAUUGUAUUAGAUAAUGAACGUGAUUUAGAAUUAUGGACAUUUAAAUUAACAACAAAUUUUCAUGAAAUACAAUUUUUAUCAAAUCAAUAUUUUGAUAAUUAUGAUAUAUAUCUAUUAAAAUAUCUUUAUUUUCUUUAUAUAACUGAAACAAAUAUUGAACAAAUUCAUCCUAUAUUACAAUUAUAUAUUGAACAACAUCAAACAUAUAUAAAUGCAUAUAAAUAUAAUUAUUGGUUUGAUUUAAAUAUAAAUUAUUUAAAAAAUUUAAUUGAUUUAGAUCCAAGUUCAUCACCAUAUGUAUUAAUUUAUUGUCAAGAAAUAAAUAAUUCUAUUGAAAUAAUUGAUCGAUUAUUUGAUUAUUUAGAUUAUGAUAAAAAUAAAAAUGAUUAUCAAGCAUGGAAUUUAUUAUUAAAAAAAUUUUUUUCAAUUGAUAUCAAUGAUAAAAAUAUUCUACAAUGUAUUAAAGAUAAUUGGUUAAUAAGAAAAAAUAUAUGGAAAAAAUUUCAUUUUCAAACUUUUGAAAAAAUUAAUAAUGAUAAAGCAAUGAUUGCUUAUAUAUUAAUUGACAAUGAACAGAUGAGAUUAAAUAUACAUGAAAAAUGGUUAAAUAAUGAUCAAAAUGAACAAGCCGAUAUAUUACAUCAAUGUUUGACUGCUCUAGAUUAA